CUGCAACUCUUCAAUGGCGGCCGGCCGGUCGAUGGUUGGGCGGCUCUACCUCUCCGUGUACAACUGGGUUGCCUUCUAUGGAUGGGCCCAGGUUCUGUACUACGCAACGUUAGCAUUGUUGGCCAGUGGACAUGAGACUGUCUAUGAUGCUGUUGAGCAGCCACUGCUGUUCGCACAGACCGCUGCCUUACUGGAGGUUUUGUUUUCUCCUGAUGAUGAUGGUCUCACUGGUACUACAGAUUCUUCAUCCUAUUUUAGGGUUUGUGAGAUCCCCCGUCUCUGCAACUAUUCCACAACUUUCCGGGAGGUUGUUUGUUACAUGGGGCAUCUUGUGGAGCUUUGCUGAGACACAUUCCCACGUUCUCGUUACUUCCUUGGUCCUAAGCUGGUCUAUAACUGAGGUCAUAAGAUACUCUUUCUUUGGUUUGAAGGAAGCAUUUGGAAUUAUACCUUACUGGCACCUAUGGCUUAGGUACAGUACAUUUCUUGUGUUAUAUCCUAUCGGUCUUGUCAGUGAGCUUGGCUUAAUCUAUGCUGCCCUUCCUUUCAUGAAGGCAUCUGGAAAAUACUGUCUCAAGAUGCCUAACAAGUGGAAUUUCCCCUUCAGCUACUACUAUUUUUGUAUUAUUUUAUCCAUCCUCUACAUUCCAGGGUUUCCGUACUUGUUCCAUUAUAUGCUCACCCAAAGGAAGAAGGCCUUAUCAAAGGCAAAAGCUGCAUAAUACUUCAAAAGAGCUUCCUAGUUCUGGAGUAUCCAGUAACCUGAGAAUGGUGGCUCUUGUUUGCAACUUAAUCUUCAGUGGAAGUCUGCAGACUGGGGACUUGUUAGAAUACUACUCUUAUAUUAUUAUCUGUUGCCAACAGUGUUUGAUUGCGAACAGUGUUUCGGUGUAACAAGGAAAAAAGUUAAAUUUUCCAUGGAUAAAUUAAAAUAAAACCAGAUAAGGAUAAUGUUCCACAGAAGUUAAUUUUUUUAAUAGUUGUUUUUUAUCCUUUUGCAAAUGGAGCCACUUCCCCAGAAUAGAACCAAGAAGGGUACCAUCAUUUUUUUAGGUCAAGAUGCAGUCACUACUCAAACCUCAAAUGAGAAAGAAUGAUUAGGAAGGAGAGGUGGAACAGAUCAUUGGGGAAGGGGGUAAAUCGUCCUCACCGCCUCAAAUGCAUGACAAUUUUUUUUUUUGAAACGAACCGGCAGGAGAGCUGACC